CCUACCAGAGGCGCAGCUCCCAAGCAGUGAUUUCCAAGCCCCACAUGAAUAGCAAGGUUUUCACAGGAUAAUGUGUGAAUGUGGGAGCGCAGAGGCAGAGGGAAGCCAGCAGCCCGCGCAGCAGCCGUGGCAAGCCGCCUUCACCCCCCAGGGCUCUCUGAACACGAUGUCCACACCUCCUGCCAGCAAUGGCGUGUUUGUCGUCAUCCCGCCCAGCAACACCAGCGGCCUCCGCCCACCUCCAGCCAUUCUGCCCACCUCCAUGUGCCAACCUCCAGGGAUCAUGCAAUUCGAAGAGUCGCCGCUGGGGGCGCAGGCGCCCAGGGCCACCCAGCCGCCUGACCUUAGACCAAUAGAGACCUUCUUGACGGGAGAGCCCAAGGCUUUAGGGACCGUGCAGAUCCUGAUCGGCCUCAUCCACCUUGGCUUCGGCAGCGUCCUGCUCAUGGUUCGCCGAGGCCACCUGGGGAUGCUCUUCAUUGAAGGUGGCGUCCCCUUCUGGGGCGGAGCUUGCUUCAUCAUCUCUGGGUCCCUCUCAGUAGCAGCUGAGAAAAACCACACCAGUUGCCUGGUGAGGAGCAGCCUAGGGACCAACAUCCUCAGUGCCAUGGCAGCCUUCGCUGGGACAGCCAUUCUUCUCAUGGACUUCGGUGUCACUAACUGGGAUGUGGGCAGGGGCUACCUUGCUGUGUUGACCAUCUUCACCAUCCUGGAGUUCUUCAUCGCUGUCAUCGCCACCCACUUUGGAUGCCAAGCCACCCGCGCCCACACUAACGCAUCUGUGAUUUUCCUACCCAACGCCUUCGGCACGGAUUUCAACAUCCCCAGCCCGGCAGUCUCUCCACCUCCUGCCUAUGACAAUGUGGCAUAUAUGCCCAAGGAGUCAUCGGAGUAAAAGAUCGCAGCUCCUCUUCUGCAGAGCCAGUAGGAUUUGUUUAUGGAAGCCUCGCUCUGAUGCCCUUCUAAUCCUGAUCCCAUCCCAAAGGCUUUGCUACCCCUCAGCACCACUGUCCGCUUGGGCUUCUGAUCGCUGACAAAAAGGAUGGUACUUCAGCACGGGGACCUUGAGGGGGCACUCUCACUGCUUCCCAGGGGCUCGCUCCUAGCUCCCUAUUUGGUCAGUUCCACAGUUAUUGAGACUGUACUUAAUAAUCAGAGGGGGUGGGGCAUGGAAACUAACUCUUGGCUUUAUUCCUAUGAUGAAGUCAAGUUCCACCCAGAGCAGGUAGGAAAUAUUUUUAAAAGCUGGAUUCUUAUUUAUUUCUUUAAACACUGAUAGCUUUGCCUGAUCUUAAACUUCACACAAAUGGAGUUAUACAGUGUGUGUAUUUCUUUGUGUCUGUCUCCUUUUACUGAAUAAAAUGUUAGCGAUUUGUCCAUAACAUCAUAUAUUUCCAUUUUAUUGUUUUUAAUAGUUUUGUAAACAUUUUGUUUUAUUCUACCACUUUCAUUGACUUCCCUGUUGAUGGAUAACUAGGUUAACUCCACUUUGAGGCAUCAUCAAUAAAGCAACUUUCUUGAACACACAAAAAGAGAAAAGCAAGAUGGAGAACAACUGAGGAAGACACCCAACAUGGACCUCUGGCUUCAACAUAUACAUGUGUGCAUGCUCCUACACACAGGCGAAUAUACACCACACACACCCAUAAACACACCCGCACCGAGAGAUGUGCCCACAAAUAAACCACACACAUAUGCACACAAACCAACUGGAUAUGCGGCAUGCACUUUGAUAUGUGUUAUUACCUCCGUUUUUAAAACUGGAGCAAAGAUAAACAGGAAAAGCACAGGAGUCCGCUAGUUCUGCAUGCUACAGACUGGACAACUUGAAGCCACACACACUCACUGUCUCGCCACGGCCCUGGGCAAGAUCCAGACGCGCCUUUGAUGGGUUCUCCUCUUUGAGUCACACAGGCUGCAAGUUUGGUGGCAGCUGGACUUCACUCUCAGGGCUUGCUGUCACUUGUGGUCACAUGACCAUAGUUUUAAACCCAUAUCUUUUUCAAAUAAGCACUAACAUGCUUACAAAGACGACAGUAUAUCUGAGUCUUCCUUAUCACCAGAGAUCAAAGUCAACCAAGACCUAAGGAUGGCCCUAGCUCCCUUUGGGAGGGACACAAGGAGGGUCAUUGUUAGAAUUCUGCCCUCCUCACUCCAGCUGCAUGACCGCACAUGCGCAGUUCAGGAGUUAAGCAAAGGGUCUUGUGUCUUACGUUAUCAGUGUACGCCGGUGAUUAUGUACCCGCCAGUAUGGUCAUGCAAUCUGCGCAUGCGUGUCGUAGUUCUGUAAGCCCACCUGCGCCUCAAAGAGCCAUGACUCAGA